AUGCGUACUCAGAAUAUCAGGGCCGACACGAUAGACGCGGCUGCUGAAGAAAUUCUCCGAGUGCUGAAGGAAAAGACUAAUACUACCAGAACCGUCGGUAGCAGAGACAAUGUCUUCUACUUCGACGGCUGGGACGGGCUGGGGGCGUCCGCCGUCCUCCGAGCCAUCGCCCAACGCCUCUCCACAACUUCAGCAGAUGGGAAGAGAGCUCUGGCCGAACUGGAGUUUGAUCAGGUCAUCCACAUUGACUGCUCGAUGUGGGAGAGCAGGAGAGCGCUUCAGAGGUUGGUCGCAGAGCAGCUGAGGCUCCCCGAUCAAGUGAUGGAGUUGUUCGACAGGCAGGACGAGGAGGAUGAUUUCCGCGGGGUGGCCCAGGGCUCCCGAGCUGAGCUACAGCUUGUCAGGGAGAUGUAUCAACACAUACAGAACCGCAGAUUCUUGGUGGUUUUCCACAAUGGAAGCAGCGAGGAGAUUGAUCUAGCCAGUUUGUGUGGCUUCCCUCUGUCCGGGUACUCGACCAGCAAGGUGCUGUGGACAUUCCAAGGGAGAUUCCGACUCAAACCUCGGACGAAAGUUGACAUGGCCAUGAAGACCGCGGGAACAACUGACUCUUUUAUCUCGGCAGACCCAUACCAUAAAAUGCGAGAGAUCUGGCCCUACCUUGUACUCCAAGAGGCUGCGGAAGUAGUUGCGGCAUGCAAGGUCAAAACUGGGUCUGCCGGCAUUAUCGAUCAGCCCGAACAAGUGGUCGAGUGCUUCCUGUACAUGUGGGAGCUGUGUUGCAUAAGCAGACAGUGGAUUGACUAUGAUUUGGACACCCACAUCACCAACUACUGGGUAUGUGAUGGCGUCAUACAUCAGCAGCUACAACAGGGACAGAGAGAUGAUGGGUUGUGGCGAGCUGCUGAUUCUCUGCAGUUUGAGAUGCCACUGGAUGCGGACUACCAUCAAUAUUUGCUCUCCCCUCAAUAUUUGCUUUCCCCUCACAUAGCAACGAUUGUCAAGAGCAAGCCAUUCUGGAGUUCACCGACUUGUGGGUUUACUCGGAUCUCGGACCGAGCUAUUCCAAAUGGAGGCAUGCUGCAACACUAUGCUGACAAGCUUAGUGUUCUCAAGCUCUCAGGCUGCACCUUUGAUUUUCAGGCACCUCCAUUCCUCUGCUGCCAAAGCCUCAGGUUUCUGUGGCUUGACCAUUGCCAAGGAACCAAGACAAGCACAGAUCGAGCGGGAAAGGAGGACGACAUCCGCCGGUGCUUUCAGAGGCUGUGGGUGCUCGACCUGCGCUACACAGACUGUGAUCAGAUAUUGUCUGCGCAGAUGUUGGCUCUCAUGACCCAGCUCAGGGAGCUAAAUGUGAUCGGAGCCAAGGGAUGGGACAUGGGCCAGCUACAGGGACGAUUGCCUAACAUCCGCAAGCUCCGAGUAAAAAAGUCUCACGAUGUCAGAUGCAGUUGCUCGGAAAAUGAUCUGUUCUCGGGGAUGAACAAGAUGGAGCAUCUUGACUUCUCAGGAAACUAUACGACUUACGAUGGUUCCAGUCUCAUGAUGAGCUUAUUUGGCCCAGGGGUAAGCAGCAAUGUUAGUUGCCUUGAGACUGUCGUCAUUGUUGACAGAUGUGAUGUGGUACAACAAAUCUCCUUCCGCGGAUGUACUAAACUGAACAAUCUACUCUUGGGAGGAUGGAUGGUGCUCCACACCCUAGACAUCUCAGGCACAGCAGUGAAAACACUAGAUCUCAGUACACCAUACAUCCCGAACCUUUAUGAGCUCUAUCUACUUGACUGCGAGAAGCUUUGUGCAAUCCUGUGGCCACCGAAAGAGCAAAUGAAACAAGAAGGCUUGGGUAAGCUGUGCAUUGACACCACGCAGUCAGCACCCACUGCCCAAUCGAGAGAAGAAAACCCCAAGAGGGGAACUAGUACUGCUACUACAAGAACAUCAGUAGCACCUGCAGCUGCACCACAUGGCAGUCGGCCGAGCAGUGAAUUUGAUUGGCACAUUUCUGUACGGGACGCAAGGCUCCUUGGGUCCCUGGAGCCUGUCUACUCUGAUUCCCGCAAGGCAUAUGUGGAGAUUUCCUCUCCUCCUCAUCCUACCGUUGUUGGUGGUGGUAGCAAAGAUGAAGGAAUAUUCAAGAGCGCAGGCAGUCGUGAGCAGCAAUUGGUGGUAAACUUGCAGCGUCAGCCUGUGCCUGCAGUAUACACAGAUAUCUCCGUGGACCGCCUACAACAAGCUAGUGAAGGCGGUGGUGAUACUCUGGGAAUCAUGUGGAUGUGGCCUUGCCCGGAUGUUCCUGAUCUUCCAGAAAAGAGGUGCUACAUGCACAUACAAGACCAGAUAAAGACAAAAUUACCUCCAGGUGGUGAAGAGACUAGUACUAUUACUGUCCCAUGGUUUGUAACUAAGUCUGCUAAGAUCCUGCAUGUGCACGAUAGCCUGUCCAUCACUAGUAUCACUUCAUAUCAAUAUGAUGGUUCAGAAUGGCCUGACCUAGAGUGGUGCAGAAUCGAGAGGUGUCCCAAUUUGGACUUUGUCUUCAAUCAUGUUGAAAACUUUGACUUUACUUAUCAGCUGAGAAUAUUCUGGGCAUCCCAACUCCUAAAGUCACGCUAUAUCUCAACAUCAAAUGGAUACCGUAUAUUUCCGCACCUGACUUUGCUGCACCUGGACUUCUGCCCCAGGCUUAUACACAUACUCCCUUUGACCAUGGGGUUGGUUCACGGGGAUGAGGACAGCUUGCGCCUCCUGGAGACCCUUGAGAUUGCAUGGUGCGGUGAUCUCAGGGAGAUAUUUCCUUUCCAAAGAGGCAAGCCAAAUCCCAAAGACUUCCCCAAGUUGAAGAGUAUCCACCUGCAUGAGCUCCCUUCACUACAGCAAAUUUGUGGGGUUAGAAUGUCUGCACCGAAUCUUGAGACAGUCAAGAUCAGGGGCUGUUGGAGCCUCAGGUGCCUUCCUGACAUUGGCCGCAACAACAAGGUAGUGGAGUGCGACUGCGAGAAGGAAUGGUGGGACAGGCUGGAGUGGGAUGACCGCUCGCAAGCGGACAACUACAGACCCAUCCACCCACGGUAUUACAAGAAGACCAUGCUCAGGAGCAGUGUGCUCAGGUGA